AUGACACAGUGGGUUCACAACCUCAAGCCGGGCAUUGAGAGCCAGGCGCCGCAAAUCAUCCCGGUGUGCGUUUCCCUGACAGUAGUCGCUGUGAUAGCCACUGCUUUGCGCUGCCAUGUCCGGGUGAACAUGUUGAAGAUUUUUGGUGCUGACGAUUGGGUUAUUCUUGCUUCUACGGUUUGUCUGGCUCCUUCUACACUUCCUGUCUUCCGCAAUGUGUUAAAACCAAAAAAAAACAGAUAUGUUCCGUGAUUUACAACGCCCUUGCUAUCGAACGUUCGUCCUAUCCCCCAAUUAUCUUCUUUUCUGCGCUUUUCUGACGGGAAUAUCCAGAAACCCGCUGGGGACUUGGUCUCCCACUCGCUUUACGACCCAAAGCGAAUACGAACAUAUACUCGCAAGUAAACUUUGCCGGGAGGCCAUUCUACAUGCUCGGUAUUCUGGGCUUCAAGGUCUCGCUAUGUUUUGCGUAUCUUAGACUUGUUGAAAAGAGGAGGAUGUACCGGCGAAUUACGUGGACCGUUCUCAUCACUUGUGCGCUGGCGCACAUCGGUGGGAUACUGGUGUUGAUGUUUCAAUGCAAGCCUGUAGGUUCCCAGUCUUCGUGGAGUUCCGGGCGGGUGAUCAAAGCUACCGCAGUUUCAGGGACUAAUCGCCGAAUCCGUGAUAUUUUUAUAGGUCCAUAAAUCGUGGUCACCGCUGACUCCGGGGAAGUGUCUUCCUAAUGACAUCACUUUUUACAUUCUCGCUGGUAAAGCCAUACCCGUCUCGAGAAAUGGGAGUUGGAAUAGGGCUCCUUACUGAUACAUUGAUACAUGAUAGCUAUAACAAUCUUCUUCGAUCUCUGUGUAAUCAUCCUUCCCAUCCCCCUAUUCCUAAGGACCCUUAUCCCGAACCGCAAAAAGGUGGUCUUAAUCGUUCUUUUCGCCCUCUUCGGCUUCACCACUGUAUGCUCAGUGAUGCGAAUGGUGCAAAUCAUCACUAUUGCCAAGAACGGGAAUAGCACAAUGCUGGUCCUCUGGGGGACUAUAGAAAUGAACGUUGGGAUCACUACAACCUGCAUCCCGACCCUAGCUCCUUUAUUCAAGUUCUUCCGGGAAAGGUCCACUGCGAAGGCUUCUUCGGGGUACACUUCCGGUGCCAGCAGGGCCUCGAAGAAGAGAAACAUCGAGCUGACGUUCAUGGGGCAAUUGCCCAAGGGAACGUCAGCCUACGUCACGAGUGCUAGGCAGAGUGAGGAGAGGAUAUUGGGGUCUAGGGAGGAAGGCGGAAUUGGUGUGAAGACAGAUAUCCAGGUGGAGGUUUCGAGCGCGUAUUCUCAGGGUGGCCGGUCUUGA